AUGAGUGAGCUGGGCGCGCAGAAGACCGGCGAUGGCACCGUCUCCCGCCUGCUCGACGUGGUGGAGAGCGAGCUGCAGGCGGGGAGGGAGAAGGGCGACCCCACGGAGAAGCAGCUGCGCAUCACCCUGGAGGACGCCCCUCUCUGGCAGAGGUUCAAGGAAGUCACUAACGAGAUGAUCGUGACCAAGAACGGCAGACGGAUGUUCCCUGUUCUAAAGAUCAGUGUGACGGGGCUGGACCCCAAUGCCAUGUACUCCCUCCUGCUGGACUUUGUCCCCACCGACAGCCACCGCUGGAAGUACGUCAACGGGGAGUGGGUGCCCGCGGGCAAGCCCGAGGUCGCCAGCCACAGCUGCGUGUACAUCCACCCGGACUCGCCCAACUUCGGGGCUCACUGGAUGAAGGCACCCAUCUCCUUCAGCAAGGUCAAGCUCACCAACAAGCUCAGCGGAGGCGGCCAGAUAAUGCUGAAUUCCCUGCACAAAUACGAGCCCCAGGUUCACAUAGUGCGCGUGGGAGGUGCCCAUCGGAUGGUCAUGAACUGCUCCUUCCCUGAAACCCAGUUCAUCGCUGUGACUGCCUACCAGAACGAGGAGAUAACGGCUCUCAAAAUCAAGUACAACCCCUUUGCCAAAGCCUUCCUGGAUGCCAAGGAAAGGAACCACCUGAAAGAUAUCCCGGAAGCGAUCUCCGAGAGCCAGCACCUGGCCUGUCCCCACUUGGGCGGCUGGAUCUUCUCCAACCGAGGAGUGUGCUCGGCCGGGAACGCCAAUUUCCAGUAUGCGCCUCCUCUGCCUCUGUCUGCCCCUCACACCCACCACGGCUGUGAGCGCUACGCUGGCCUCCGCGGGCACCGGCCGGCCCCCUACCCGUCCGCAUACAUGCACAGGAACCAUUCUUUCUCAAGGCUGGGCCGGGGAGGCCCAGAGACGGAAAUUGCUGUGUUGGAAAGUGAACAGCUUGUUGGUGGCAGGGCCAGCCUCAAACUUCAGGUCUCAGCACACCUAAUCCUGUCCUUCCCCGCUCAUCUCGCCGCUCCUCUCGGCUUCUCUGCAGAAUCGGGGCCAGUGUGUCAGAGCCGCACCCUACCGUGCCUGUGGACCAUCAGCAACGGUGGCGGGGGCCCUUGCCGGGCCGGGCCCCGGACGGGCACGCCGGGUCCUCCGGGAGACAUUUUCCUCCUGGGCAACCCCGCUGUGACUUCACCCCUCUCCACCCAGGCGCCCACUUCGGCGGCGGUGGAGGUUCUGGGGGAGCCCUCGCUGACCAGCAUCGCCGUGUCCACCUGGACAGCGGUGGCCUCGCAUCCGUUUGCGGGCUGGGGUGGCUCGGGUGGGGGUGGGCGCCAUUCUCCCUCCUCGCUGGACAGCUAGGCAGGGUCCGAGGGCAGGGGUCCACAGAGAACCUUCCAUGUGUCCAGCACCUAGAAACCCCGAUCCCAGUGAGUGAGGCUGCAGGGGGUGGGCUCCUCCAGAAGCCGACUGGCAGGUUGUUCAGCGAGGGUGAGGCUAAUGAUGUACUGGGUCUUUCUACCACUUUCUGUUUGCGAUCUCAUUUUCUCUGCAGCGGAUUUCUGCUAAGCUCGGGCAACAGCGGUUCGUUGAGUACCCUCCUGUGCCUUGCCCCUACUCCCAAGUGAUUGUAGACAGCGAUACUUCUUCUAAGAAGUUAGUAUAUGACACUAACUUCUGUUAAGUGAGCUCCAAGUUUGCCUGCCCAAGGCCACCGCUUUGUGCAGCCCUGGAGGGUGUGUGGCCACAAGGCUUCUACUCUGAGAGCAAGAGAGGCUGUAACUCAGGGUGAAGGUAGCAAAGAUAGAGCUAAUCACACAAUCCAGCAGGGAGCCUGGCAUCGAGGUCAGAUCACGCACUCCCUUGCUCAGUAACCUUCAAUGGCUCACCAGUGCCUGCAGAGCGGAGUCACAUGUAACCACCAGGAGAUCCUCUACGGCCCGGCCUCGCCGCUUCUGCAGCUGAGCUCCCUGCUACCUGGCAGCACCCGUGUGUCAGUCGAGGGAGACACUGCCUCAGUGCUCUGCGUUCAGUCGACUUUCCCACCGCUGUGCCUCUGACCCGAGCUGUCCUCUGUCUAGUCCCACUGUGCAUCCUACCUCUCUCUCUCCACCCCGCCCAAGUGCCACGCCCUGCACCAGCCCUGCCCUGCCCCGCCCAGGCACACUCCACUGUGCCCUGCCCCGGCUCGCCCCUGCUUUGCCUCUGACGUGGAGCUCACCUCAUUCUGCCUGUGCUUUUCUUAUCUGUGAGUGUCUCCCCCACAGACUGUGAGCCCCUUGGGGGCGAGGCCUAGCCUUGACUUUGUGCCCCACAGCUCCUGGAUCUGUGC